UACAAUUUACUUUUUGGGUUUGAAAGGUGAAAUGGCUCAACAAGGAAUUCAAGUGGAUCAGGACCAACUAUGCUGCUCAGUUUGUCUGGAUCUAUUAAAGGAUCCAGUCACUAUUCCCUGUGGACACAGUUACCGUUUCAGCUGUAUCAGAACCUACUGGGACGCAGAGGGUCACAAAAGAAACAGCUGUCCUCAGUGCAGACAGACGUUUACACCGAGACCUGCUCUGGUGAAAAACACCCUGUUGGCAGAUUUAGUGGAGGAUCUGAAGAGGACUGGACUCCAGGCUGCUCCAGCUGCUCUCUGCUAUGCCACACAUCAAGACGUGGCCUGUGAUUCCUGCACUGGUAGGAAGCUGAAAGCCACCAAGUCCUGUCUCCAGUGUCUGGUGUCGUACUGUGACCAACACCUCCAGCCUCACUAUGAGUCUCCAGCCUUUGAGAAGCACCAGCUGGUCGACCCGUGUGAGAAGCUUCAGGAGAACAUUUGUACACGUCACAACGAGGUAAUGAAGGUUUUCUGCCGCAAUGAUCAGCAGUGUAUCUGUUACCUCUGCUCCAUGGAUGAACAUAAAGGCCACGACACCGUCUUAGCUGCAGCUGAAGUAGCUGAGAAGCAGAAGGAGCUCAGCAAGAACCAGCAAACAAUUCAGCAGAAGAUCAAGGACAGAGAAGGAGACAUCAAGAAGCUGCAGCAGGAGGUGGAGACCAUCAAUCAAUCCGCUGAUGAAGCAGAACGCAGCACUGAGAAGAUCUUCACACGUCUGAUCCAACUAGUUCAGGACAGAUGCUCAGAUGUGAAGCAGCAGAUCAGGUCCCAGCGGACAAGUCUGGUGAACAGACUGAAAGAAUCUCAAAAGGAGCUGGAAGAGGAGCUCGCUGAGAUGAAGAGCAGAGAAGCUGAGCUGCAGCAGCUCUCACAAACACAUGACCCCAUCCAGUUCCUGCACCACUGCCCUGUGCUGCUGAAUCCCAUGGACUCCACUGACCCACACAGCAUCAGCAUCCAGUCUGUGAGCUACUUUGACCACGUGUUAGCAGCUGUGGCAGCAGCCACAGAUAAACUACAGGACGUCCUCAAUGAGGAAUGGACCAAAGUCUCACUGCUGGAGGUUGAACAGGAAGCUUUAAAGCCACGAGCCGAACCCAGGACCCGGUCUGAAUUCCUCCAGUACUCACAACAAAUGACGCUGGAUCAAAACACGGCACACAAUUGGCUGAUGUUAUCUGAAGGAAGCAGAAGAGCAACAGUGAUGCAACCAAAGCUGGUUUAUCCUUAUCUCCCAGACAGAUUUAUUGAAAAGCAGCAGGUCCUGGGAGGAGAGAACCUGACAGGACGUCGUUACUGGGAGGUUCAGAUGGAUCAGGACUUGUCCAGAGCUACAGUGGCUGUUACAUACAAGACCAUUAGCAGAACACAAAGUGAAAGUGCUUUUGGAAACAACGACAGAUCUUGGGCAUUACUGCUUACUCCAACGUAUUUAAAAAUCAUGCACAACGGAAAUGUUCUGUUCACCUCAGACCUCCCCUCCUUCAGAAUAGGAGUGUUUCUGGAUCACAGUGCAGGGACUGUCUUUGACGUCUUUGACACCAUGACUCUCCUCCACAGAGUCCAGACCACGUUCACUGAGCCUCUCUACGCUGGUCUCAGUGUUUAUGGGUAUGACAAGUCUGUUGAACUGUGUGAACUCAAGUAGAGGAGCAGCAUCAAUGAGACCUGAAGGCUGAAUCAGUCACAGCCGCUACAGUUGUUGUUUGAUUUGUUAUUUUUAAAACCUAAAGUUUCUAGUUUCUAGAGUUUCCCACUCUGCACUGACUAGUAACGAUGAUCAAUGAAGAACUUUUAUUGUUAUGUCACUGCUCUGUUCAGUGAUACAUUGGACUUUGACUGUGGAAACGUGUCAUGAAGACAUGGAGCAGAUGUUACAUGGACGUCACAGAACCUUUAAUGUAACUAUAGCAACGCUUCUCCCCAACCAAUCAAUCAUCAAUAGAUCAUGUCAUAAAAGUUAGACAUUGUGAACUUGAAUUUGAGCUCAGAAAAAAAUGCUUGAAAUGCUUUGUAAUGUUUCUUAUUGUUCUUCAGUAAUGUUUGUCGUAAGGUGUAACAUGACCCAGAGUAAAACAGGUGUGGUGGAAAUUUCGUCCUUCUCCACAAAAAGCUCUGUAAUUCUGUUGUUUUUCUUUACCUUUUCAUUGUGGACGCUAAUGUUUUUCAUGACACAAUAUCCCGUUAGUCCAGACGUUCUCACAGGUUGAACACAGUACAGUCGGUUUGUGGCAGCACAGCCAGUCUUUUCAGGUGCACCAGUCCGUUUAAAAGGAGCGACUCGUCCUCUGUCCUGUAGUUCGAAGCAAACCUUUAAGCUCCGGCGUUGGUCUUCCAUCGAUUAUGAGUUUUGUUUUUGACUGAAAGUCCAGCUUUGACUUGUAUAAUUCUCCUCCAUCUUGAGAGAUGGGAAAUAAGAUAACUGAGUUCGUUUGCUAACUCACUGGAGCAGCGCCAACGUCACUGUCGCGAAAAAGCGUCUGACAAAAAAAAACAGAA